AACGCUUCAACUACUUCAAAGAAGCAAAAGCACUAAACUUCGAUUUUCGUCACAAAGCCUCUUUUCUCAAUGGCCCGCACAAAGCAAACCGCUCGUAAGUCCACCGGCGGCAAGGCGCCGAGGAAGCAGCUGGCGACGAAGGCCGCCAGAAAGUCCGCUCCGGCCACCGGCGGCGUGAAGAAGCCCCACCGAUUCAGGCCCGGCACGGUGGCGCUCCGCGAGAUCCGCAAGUACCAGAAGAGCACCGAGCUUCUCAUCCGCAAGCUCCCGUUCCAGCGCCUUGUUCGGGAAAUCGCGCAGGACUUCAAGACCGCCCUCCGAUUCCAGAGCUCCGCCGUGUCGUCGCUCCAGGAGGCCGCCGCGGCCUACCUCGCUGGUCUCUUUGAGGACCCCACCCUCUGCGCCAUUCACGCCAAGCGCGUCACCAUCAUGCCCAAGGACAUUCAACUAGCUAGGCGCAUCAGGGGCGAGCGUGCUUAAGCCUAACCCUAGCUUGUCUGUAUAGAUAAUUUCAAGCGUUGGUUGUUGUUUAGCUGUUAAUGCGGUUUUCUUUCAAGAUUAUGUAACGCUCUAUUAUGAAUGAAAUUAUCGUCUUUCUGCUCCAAUUGUUUCACUUUA